AUGCAAACACUUGUCAGAGUUGUUGAUCUUGUCAAAAGAGGAUAUCGUUUGAAGAGACAAGAUUGGCUCAAUAGAAGUGUCGACAUUGCCGUUGCUGAAGCUGAAGUGGACGAAAAUAAUUCUGUUCCUGGGAUUGAUGCAACUGAUCAAGAAAAGAUUGAAUUCCUCAAUAAUAAGGUAGUGUCUCUUGAAGAAAGAGUGAAGUACCUUGAAGGUCUUUUGAACAUUCGUGGAGAAACUGUGAAGGAAACUGAGAAGUCAAAAGAAACUGAAGCCGCCACAAAAACCAAGAAUGCCGAUUAUGAACUUGACGAAAAUGAAGUUUUAGGAGUUUAUAUAGAUGCCAAAAGAAAGGAAAUCGCUAAGAGAAAGAAGAAUGGUGUAAGACCUCCACGUGAAGUAGGACAUCAAGAUGAAGAUGAUGUAGAAGUCGAAGUUAAUGAAGAACAACCACAAGAAGAAGAGGAACAACAACAAGAAGAUGAUACAGAAGACGAUGUGGACGACGGUGAUAAAGAGAGUGAAAAUCCGGAAACCAAUGAAGGACAGACACAAGAGGAAGAGGAACAACACCAAGAGGAUGACGCAGAAGUCAAUGAAGAACAGCCACAAGAAGAAGAGGAACAACAAGAAGAAGAGGAUACAGAAGAUGAUGUGGACGACGGUGAUAAAGAGAGUGAAAAUCCGGAAACCAAUGAAGAACAGAAACAAGAGGAAGAGGAGCAACAACAAGAGGAUGACACAGAAGUCAAUACAGAUGUUGACGUCGGUGCUAAGGAAAAUGGAUCUGAAAACCCCGUGAAAGGUUCAAAGAAACGUGGAAGAAAGGAUGGAGAAGAAAAUGAGGAUGCAUAUGAAAAGCCCGUGAAGGUUACAAGGAAAAGUGAAAGAGUAACUAAGGGUGGAGAAGUAAAUGAGGAUGCAUCUGAAAAGCCCAUGAAGGGUACAAGGAAAAGUAAAAGAGGAACUAAGGGUGGAGAAGUAAAUGAGGAUGCAUCUGAAAAGCCCAUGAAGGGUACAAGGAAAAGUAAAAGAGGAACUAAGGAUGGAGAAGAAAAUGAGUAUGCAUAUGAAAAGCCCGUGAAGGUUACAAGGAAAAGUGAAAGAGUAACUAAGGGAAAGAAGAAAGGUGUAACACCCCCACGUGAAGUACAACAACAAGUAGAAGAUCAUGCAGAAACCAAUGAAGAUGGAGAAGGGAAUGAGGAUGCAUCUAAAAAGCACGUGAAGUUUACAAAGAAGAAUGGAAGAGGAAAUAAGGAACACAAUGUUGGCACCCCCAAAUCGAAAAAACAAAAGAAACAAUUUGAGAAAGAUUCAGCUGAUGAUGUGAUAGGAAGUGUUUUGGAAGAUCUUAAAAAUGCCGAUUAGAAGCAUCGCGAAUUUGAAGAAAUGAAGCUCUUUCAGUUUUUUAGUACUUUUAACAAAUAUCUAUGGAACUUUUUCAGUUUUAGUGUGUUAUCUUUUGAUGAUGUCUUCAAUGAGGAACAUCUUUUGGCUUGUCCCUUAAUCCUUCAUGAUGAGGAAAAUAUAUUUUGGUUUGUACCUUAAACCUUUGCUAAGGAAACAUAUUUUAUUUAUGUUCAUGCAAGUAAGCUAAGAUAUCAAACGAACAUAUAAUUUCUACAAUUAAUCUGAAUCCUAAUGAUUUAUAAAGGGUAGUUUAUGUAACCACACAUUUCGUAUAAUAAAUAACAUAACUUCUAUUAGACACCUGCAAAAUUUAUAAAGCAUUAUAAAAUGAUAGAUGUAAAAAUAAAA